AUGGACCCCCUUUCUGUCGCCGCUUCUUUGGCUGGUCUGAUCACCAUAUCAACCCAGAUCGUCAAUAUCAUCUACACCAUAAAAUCAAAAAACAACAAAGAGCUGCACUCGCUCUCCAGAGAGAUUCACGCUGUGAGGGGAAUCCUAUCACAGAUCCACCAAAUUGUUCAAUUCCAGUCCACCAAACUCGCUAAGAACUCAGAAUGGCUUGACGCACUCGGCGCUACUUUGGAUGACUGUGGUGAUACGUACCUACAGCUGCAGAAAUCUUUGCAAGCACUGGUGUCAAGCUCGAGACUCGAGGCGCUAAAAAAGAAAGUUAAGUGGACGUUCAAAGAGAAGGAUAUCCAGGACUCGUUGAGAAAGGUCGAGAGCUAUAAGCUUUCUCUAGACUUGUUAUUAUCUGUUCAAACGAGUACUACAACGACCAACAUUGAAGAGGUCCUGGUUCAACUCCAAAAGAAGUUACGCCUCACAUCCCCCGCUACCAUCACGACUCGGACACCCUUGUCGUGGAGAAAGAAACUAGCGGGCUUUGGGGCAGAUCAUCCACCACUGCAAACAGGCGAUCUCGAAGAGACGCAGUCAGAUGCAGAAAACUCCACAGCUGAUGUUUCAUACAUCAUUCCAGGGCCAAAUACCACUGGCUGGACUGAUCCUGGGAUUUUCGGAAUAAAGCAGGACGAAGGCAAAGAUUCCCCUGAUCUCAAUAGCCCAGGACUUGCUUGUAUCUGUGAAAUAUCUGUCGGACAGAAGAAAAUCAGCCUCCUCUGUAGCUGGGAGAGACACCCAGCGAACGAGAUGCUCACUCCUCUUCGAGCACAUAUUUUGUUUAAAGGGCCCACAGCUAGAGAGUUAUAUUUUAUGGAACUGGAAGAAUCUUUGAUGUUACAACCGAUCGAGCGCUUUGUUGUCCCAGUAGGGAAAUGCAGUCUUAUUAUUGCGCAAUGUAACAUCAAGGGUGGCGUGUGUCCCCUGAGCGAGGUUGACAAAUGUGAUGAUAAUGACGAGUUCAAUCUCGCCCUUGGAGACUUUGCAUUGAAAUCCAACGCAAACUUUCAACAGGUGCUCGUAAACUUUGACAGUGUCCAAGAUAGGGAGAAAUUCUUAGCCCACCUCUAUGGUGUCCGAUACCUUCAGCGGAUGGAUCUUGGAUUUGCCAUGUCCAACCAGUUCUAUCAUCAUUCGCCCUAUCAAAAAAGGAUUCAAAAUGUGCAAAUAGGGUACGCGGAUGGGACUGAAAAGUCAUACAUCUAUCCAUAUAUAUACCUUGAUUAUCCUAUAGAGGGUGGAUCUCUCAUGCUUGUGUGUGGGACCAAACCGAAUAAUGCGAAAGCGGUCGUAUUCAGGGAAAACAUCCUUGAACUCGAUAUCCAGAUAGUGGGAUCUGAAGUGCUUGCGUUCACAAAUCAGGAUGGUAAAGACAUACAUACCAUAUCGGCAACUCCGGGCUCUCUAAACGAGCUUCUUGGUUUGUAUCACCACCUACAAGACGUCACCAGAGAAUGGAAAUCAAUCGUAGCAAAAGGUGUGGAUAACUUCGAGACUAAAGCUGAAUGGCUGGUUGAGAAUCUUCAGUUUCUCAAGGAUUCUCUAGUCACUACCAGUUCCUUUGAUAAUGUUCUGGUGUCCGUUAAAGUAGAUUGCUUCUUAAAGCGAAUGAAGCUGGAAAUCUCGAGAAAGGAUUUACAAGAGAGAUUGGCCUCCUGUCACGUCAUGACUUCAUCUGUCCUGUUCUAUAAAGAGCACUUCAGAAAAGACUCACCGGACUUCUUUACUGAUCCCGUCAUGCAGACUGGUUUCUGGGACUUGACAAAUGGCACUGCUACGGUUGACAACUUCCAAGCAGGACAAGUAAAGAUUCACGGCGCUAAGGCAAAGAAAAUAUGUGACGAGCUGGAAGACAUUGUGGAAAAUUGCAAAAGGGAUACCGAGGAUGCACAAAAGAAAUUCUUAAAAACGCUUGCUUGA